AUGGCUCUGACUCCGGAAGUGCAGAAGGAAGUGGACCAGUUGCUGGAGCAGAACAUGCCGAUGGUCAGCAAAUGGAAAGCCAUGGAGCAUCUCUUGCUGGAGCAUGGUUUGGCAUGGCGAGCCGUGAUCCAUCCAUCGAUGAUGCUCGUGCAUCCUCUUAACAGAGGAGGCCUUGGAGUGAAUGGCCAUUCGGCUCAUGCCAAGGGCGCUUCCUUGCUUCAGAGCGGUUUCGACCGGAAAUUUCUCCACUCCUCCACCUGCUUCGAGGUGGCUGCCGAGGAGACGACCCGCCAGAAACAGUUCAAGUUCAACGAGGCCAUGGUGGGCCAAACCGACGGCCUUCUCGGUGCAGUGAGCGGCUCGGAGAGGUUUCUCUCAGUUUCCUGUGGGCAUGUCUCGCAGUUCACGAAAGCGGCCUUGUGUGGGUGCAAGACGGGGCAAGCUUCUUUGCAAGACAACACAGGGUGCCUCAACAAGGAGUCUUUGGGCAGGGACGAGGAGUUCAAGCAGAUGCUCGAUGGUUGGACAUGGCUGGUGAUUUCCAGCACUGUGGAGAAGCAGUGGCCUGACAUGCCUCGCCUGGCAGAAAAAGCAUUGAAUGCUUCGAACACGGCCUUCCAAAGCCUUCUGGAGAUUGAGAUUGCCUUGCACAUGGAGGAGCUGUCCAAAGGGAUGAAAGACCCGACGGUGGCGAAGCUCGCUAAGGAAGCUUGCCCUCCAGGCACUGGUGGCAUCAGCAGAUAUGCUGGAUCAAUAGCCAAGUGGCUGGCCGAGUUCUCUGACAAGGGAGAAUUCCUUCACUUCCUCAGCUUCAUCAGCCGAGAAUUCGGGGAGCAGUGUAAUGUGGGCGAGGACUUUUGGAGCUACGUCGCCUCCACUCAGUAUCUGCCCGCAGACAAGGUCUUGGUGAGACUUGCUUUCCUGACGACCCAGUUCUCAAGCCCAGCACACAAAAUCCAAGAUGGAUUCGCUCGCUUGCUCGUCAAAGGCGACUGGGACAAGCUUAAGAAGCUGAAGCAGGAAGUGGCAGAGAUGGAGUCGUUGCUUUUCCAGGCAUGGCAGGACACAGCGAGCCGUUUGCCGAAUCCUGAAGCAGCUCGAAGCUUUGGCAUGCUUUGCAUGCGGAUGACUCUACAUCUCGUGGGCAAGCAGAAGAUGGGCCGAGACAGCAAGACCUUCAAGGACCUGGCUGCCAUCUUUCAGGAGUUCCAGAAACAGACUGACAAGGUGACCUCUGACAGCAGUGCUGCAGCCCCGACUGCUUCGAGCACUCCUGCAGGGCCUGGGCUCGUGAGUUUGGGCCAAGCCUACGACCCCUUGUGGCAGGCCCAGCAGAAGCUGGAUCUGAGCAUCGGCAAUCUCUACCAGAUGGAUGGCGAGCUGUACGAGCUGACAGCAAUGAGCCAGGACUUCGUGACCUUGAAGAAGAGAGAGCUUUUCGACGACUCGACGGUCCAAGUGGAGACGUGGACGUGCCACAAGAAGCUGCGGCCCAGUAAGACUUCGGCACCCUACUUGCUUGAGGCAGCAGUUGCAAAAGAGCACCACCCGGGAGCUGGCAGCAAACAGCAAGCUACCGUCGCCACUGUCUACACCCAGCUGCUCGAGGCCACGACGAAGUUGGAGCACAAGAACUUGUGGAAGAUGAUCGCUCUGAAUCCCUUGGCACGAACAGCCUACAGCUUGCAGAAGAUCCCCGCUCACCAGCUCACUUUCGUUCCGUGCACGGACAGCCCCCAGCAGAUCAGCAUCAAAAAGCCUGAGGCUAAGCAUUGGGGUGAAGUAGUCUUCCAAGGAGUUACCUACUUCAUCCUGGCUCCGAAGUCUUUCAAGGCAGCCACGACGGACAAGGCCAGCAGUGGCUGCACGGCACCCUUUUGGUACCUGAAGCCGGAUGAAGAUCCGCUUUUGGAUUGGAAGGAGAAGUCUGUCGGUGGUUUGCAGAUUCGCUGUUUGAGCAAUCCCAGAGCCAUCGAGAAGCAUGCACUGCUGACCAUGCCUCUGCUCGAGGAGCCAGAGGCUGAAGAGGCAGUUGCUGCAGGAUCCUCAGGGCCUCCCCCAACAAAGAAAGCCCGGAAGUGA